AUGAACCCUUCCACUACUACGCGAAAGCACAACACCACAAACACAGAAGCCGUCAUACCAACAGCACUUAUGCUUAUAAUUCAGUCGUCUUUGACAUUCAGCUUUCCUUGCCCGGCCACUGCUCUCUCACAAAUUCAGUUCUGUGCUGCCAGAGGUGUAGACCAUUCACAGUGCUGUGAAGCUGCAGGCAUUUCACCACAAUGUCUCUUGUUCUGUGACCAGGUGAGUAAAAUUUACGGCACA